GGGCUGCCAGUUUCUAUGGCCGCCGUCUUCAAACCACCACGGCCAUUUCUCAACCCACUUGGACUCUGACUGAAGCCACCUCCUUUCAACCACACAUCAUCAACACAUAGACUGACAAGAUGGCUCCCGCUGCCGGUGCCAAGAAGCAGAAGAAGAAGUGGUCGAAGGGCAAGGUCAAGGACAAGGCCCAGCACGCCGUCCUCCUGGACAAGAGCACCUCGGACAAGCUCUACAAGGAUGUUCAGUCGUACCGCCUCGUCACCAUCGCCACCCUCGUCGACAGGCUAAAGAUCAACGGCUCGCUGGCUCGCAAGUGCCUGGCCGACCUGGAGGAGAAGGGCCAGAUCAAGCCGGUUGUCACCCACAGCAAGAUGAAGAUCUACACCCGCGCCGUCACCGCCGCUGAAUAAAUAACUUGAUUUUCACGAUUGACACGACCGCUUGCUUGCUUUGUGACAGGGAUGGAAUGCUGGCGGAUUUGACAUGAUUUCAAUCUCGCCGCGGUGGGAAAACCGGAUACGGAUGGGUUAUGGAUUCAUCUCUGGGAGUUAUCUUUUGGCACUUGGUGUAGCGUACGGCAUGGAAACAUCCAAGGCCUGUAGGGCCGCAAGUCCGUUGAGGACAUGACAAAGGCGUCUUGAUACACCUCACUUCCACCUCGUAGCAUCUCCAUGUGUUUAUGCAUUCUAGGUCGACCUGUCACGGACAAGGCUGUCACAGGCAUAUCCGAAUUGUUGUGAUGGCCGUUCAACAAAGUGCAGUUUAAGCAUACUGCAGCACUAUCUAGACUUGCCGAGACCUCCUCAUAGGUGGUGCCCCAGUAGCCUACGUUGUGUGCUGGCCCUAAUGGACAUUCAGGUGUGGCGUUUCCCAUGUUACC